AUGUCAGGGAGGCAUGUCUGCACGGUGCAAGGAUGUGGAAAGACCUUCAAGCGUCCAGAACAUUUAAGUCGACAUCGCCUGAAUCGUAAGAGCUGGGACCCUCUCUCCAUAACGAAUAGCCCGAAAGAUGCUGAUGUCAAUUCAGAUCGGCCCAAGAAAAUUUACAACUGUGAGAUAUGCCAUAAAGACUUCGUCAGGCUCGAUCUCCUCCAAAGGCAUCAAAAACGCCAUGCACGUGGAAUGUCCUAUCGCAACUCGGGCGGCUACGUACCUGAUCCCCUAGCUUCUCGAUCUGGUCUUCCGCCAGCAGAUGCUCCCGAUCAAUCAUCGGAUAUCCCAGUCAAUGCGGACGAGGUGAUGACGCCGCCGCAGGAUAUUGCUCCUGGUCCUGUUCCAAUGGAGAGCCUGCAUUAUCCUGACUUCUUGCCAUUCUCCGAGAUGGAUUUCGGCCAUCACGUUAUCUUUGACUCAUCCGAUGGUGGACACGGUCUUGCUGAGGAUCUCGACUGGCUCUUUGGAAGUGUUCCUCUGACAGACGAUUUCAACACGGGACCUUCCUUGAGUAUCACCGUUCCCAACGACUUGUCCUCCGCCUCUCCCGUCAGUACGUUAUCACAACAACCUAGCACCGACACUCCGACGCACACGGUCGGCCCUUGGUCGGGUCUACGUGCCAGGCUACGGGCAGCUCUUCAUACCCUUCCCCCAGAAAUUCUCGAGGAUCAGUUUUUCGACCCGGUGAACCUCCGGUCCUUCUUCAACAUUUACUUUUCCAAUUACAACGCUCAUUUUCCGAUCCUGCAUCAAGCGUCAUUCUCGUUGCAAGAACCUUCACCUCUGCUGCUCUUGGCCGUCCUCACCCUGGGCGCCACCUUGUCACCGGACCCCGCCCAUUACCACGUCGCCGAACGAAUACACGAACAUCUGCGAUGGCUGAUUUUCAGUUCCGGCAGUUUCCAACCACCCGCUCCUCUUUGGUGUCUCCAAGCUUUACUCCUCGUUCAAGCAUACGAGAAGAUGUUUUCCACCCGGAGGCGUCAUGAAAUGGCCCAUAUAUUCCAUGGUGCAGUCAUCACUCUCAUGCGACGAGGGGGAUCUUAUUCGUCCGAUUGGACCGACCACUCCAGUCACGCGUCAUCGACCGAACGCGCCUGGCAUUUAUGGAUCGAACAGGAGUCCUUCAAGCGUGUCGCAUACUUUGCCUUUAUCAUGGAUGCCCAGCAUUCGUCCAUUUUCGGGCAUACAGCCGCACUCUCCGUCAGCGAUGUUCGCCUUCCCUUACCAUGUGCGGACGAGCUUUGGGACAGCCCGAGCCCUUCUCGCUGGAAGAGAACUCUUCUGACAACGCCGGAGGCUGCUCAAUUCUUGCCCACCUUACGCGCUCUGCUGUCACGCCGACCGAUCCCUUCCACCUGCAGUCCCUUUGCACGCUUUGUCCUCCUUCAUGGGUUGUUCAAUGUCACCAAACAUAUGCAGGCCCGCGAUCUGAUGGCUUCGGAUAUCGAGACGGGGAGAUCUUCGGAACACGGUGCCGAGUCGGCCCCGACCUCCACCAUCGGCGACGACAGCUGGAAAGAAAUCCUCGACCGCGCUAUUGACACGUGGUCUUUCUCACUUCUCUCUCAGGAACCUUCGCUGUGUCUCGAAGCCUCUAGGCCCCUCCAGCGCAUGGCUCAUGUCACCAUUUAUGUCAACCUGAUCGACUUCCACACGUUUGCGGGAGCACCGUCUCUCACCUGCAGCAGCACCACCAGAAAUGAAUAUACCAAAGCGAAAUCGAGAAUUCAGACCUGGUGCCAACACCCUACGGCGAAACGAACGCUCUCCCACUGCAUAUUGCUCAUCCAGGAGAUCAUGUUUACGAGGAGACGGUAUCGGGCAUCGGAAGACAAUAUAGCGUUGCGGCCAUGGUGUUUGUAUCACGCUACUCUCAUUGUGUGGGCUUUUGGCAUCUUAACAGAGGGCAAGUCAUCCGAAAGAAUCAGUGCUGAGGAAUACCUCGUUCAUAUGCUCAGCAGCUUGAUGGACCAGCAUGGUCCGUUGAAGGGAACGAACAGGACCCUUGGACUACUCGGUGUCGUCCAAGAAUCACUCUCCGAAUGUCGCUGGGAGCUGUUGCGAGAGGCAUGUACGACACUAGGAAAACUGAUUGACCUUUCCGCUGCCUGA